GCCUGUCUGUCAUGCUAACGUGGAAAAGCUAAUACGGACUGUGGCUUUGUGGUUUACACCGAUGGGCGCUGUUUGUGCGCCAUCCAAGGAUUGUUUACCAAGUUACGGGAUGUACUGAUUCAUCGAUGCACGAAGGUGGAGGCCAUCACGUCGUGUUUCUCCAGCCUUUUCCGUCCUGAAGACCAGGCAGAUGGAACCUGACGGAGAUAAUACCUAACUCCACUCUUGGUCCAGAUGACCUGUGCGGUCAACAUGAAGCCUGUCAGCUAUCAAAAGAUACUACCAUCGAUGGAAGGCGGACACCAAGCGAUGGCGUUAAAUCGUGUCCUAAAUGCGUCGAGGAUGAUGCACUGUGACAAAUGUGGGUUUUCUACGGCCGACAGUGCUUUAUUCAGGCGUCACUUGAAUGAACAUAAUGGAACUAUGUUCCACUGUUUUUACUGCGCAAGAGUUUUAUUUAGCGAGGCGGAGUUAAACUCUCACCUCCAGGAACACACCAAGUAUCAAUACAAGUGUCCACACUGCGGCCAAGGCUACAUGCGACGACUGUGUCUUUUAAAACACAUUGAUCGUUUGCAUAGCAAAAAUGUUCACAAUGGACCUUCAAAGCCUGCUGUGGUGAAGCCCCUCCUUACGCCUGUCUGCAGCGUUUCCACAUCGACUCCACAGCCUCCACAAAUGGUCAUAUCACAUGUGCAGAGGAAGGUGAUACUACCAAAAAUUGCACCUGCUGUGUGUGUUAAUGGAAGGAGAGAAACGCAGAGAACACUGGAAAUAAAUCUCCAAAAGGCCAAAAUGAUAACAGAGGCGUGUACCUCCUCUCUGAAUGUGAACACCCACAACAACAUGGCAUUGACUGUGGCUCUGCCAGAGGAAGUCACAAUCCCUGCCGGCUGCAAAGUCGAACUUGUCGAAGUAAAGACUGUGAAUGGGUCCAAGGAGCUGAAACUACGACUGGUUUCCAAACAAGAACACAAUUCUGUCGUAAAUGAUGUAAGAACUAGCGCUGCGGCAAGUGCUGCAGUAGAAAAGGCAACUCACUCCAACGAGCCCAUCAACUUAUCUGCGGUUAACAGAAGGUUAAUCGGAAAGCCGAUGAAUUCGGAAUAUCCUGCUGUCGUCAAAGUCAACAUACCAGACAUCUUGACUAAUCAAGCAGGUGGAGUCAAGGUCGCACGGAAAAGGAAGAGGCAAGAAUGUAUGAACUUGAAGUGGCACCACUACACUCCGAAAACUUCCAAAUUGACAAUAAAUUCUGUAGGUGAGCUUAAUGUUGCACGGGCAGUCACGCAGGUGCAACGUAGUGAUGACAGUACCAAAGCGUCUCCUGCUGUGGACUGCAGUCAGUUACUUGGCCUUCUCAAUUCAGAAAACCAUAGGACAUCUCAGAAAACAGGGACUGACAGGGGAUAUAUCGAUCUAGUUGGUUCCAGCUCUGAUAAGCCAGGAACGGGGACUAACCCUUCUGCUGUAAAGGUUGAACCGGUGCAGGGCGCUAAGAAAGAUGAUUCUGGUUUAACAAAGAGGGAGGCAGCGCCAAGUGAGAGUGUAAGACCAUCUUCUUCUAAUGCGUCUUUGCCCAUAAGACCCGCGGCAGUGUCGCGGCAUCUGGAGACGGUUUCUCGGCCACCACCCUGCAUCCCACAGCAGACAGGCAGAACUCAACCUUCAAUCUUAAAGAAGCCGCCAGUUUCGACUCAUGGGCAGCGGCAAGAUUCAUCUCAGGAGCCGAAAGGUUUCCCAGUCAUCUCUUCUGUGUUUUCCCUGAGUCAACAACCUCAGGGUGAUCAAGGCCCCAUUCAGCCACUGAUGAUGGCUCUGAGAGGAAUAAUUAUGGACAAAACCCCGGUUUCCAACGGUGUCAAGAAGGUGGACAGUGAAGCCAAGUCACAACACUGUACUCAAGUGCCAUCAGGAAGCAAGCCCGUUGUUGAAAAGGCAACGAAUGACCAUGUGAAAAUGGAAAUUCAUGAAGAGAACAUUCAGCACGUCAGUCAAGCGAGUGUCCAAGUGAAGCAGGAAAAAGUGGCAACAGCAGACAAGUCAAGUGGCAGCCAUGAUCUUAAACCUCCUAAAGAGGAGCCACCAUCUUCCGAAUGUAGCCCGGUUAAAAAUGUGGCCCGCAGUGAUGCUCCAAAAACCAACCCUUGCCUUUCCAGAUAUCUAACUGUCUCUCUGACAAGAAUAGACGAUGCUGCUCGGGACCAUGCGUUAAAAGUACCAAAGUUGAAAGUGGUGACACACAAGACUCGUACCCAAAACCUCGGCGACUGCACUGUGUUGUACACGAUGCCUCUCAAAGGUGACCAGCUGGUGAAGCGCCCGGGACCAAACCAGCCGGUGGUGGUUCUCAAUCACCCAAAACCACGGGCUCCUAUUCAAGUACAAGCCGCCCCUCUGUUGGACACUGAAGAACAGAUACCAAGGUGCCAAAUACUGAAAAUGAAGCUCAGCAAAGUGAUGGGACAAAAAUAUGAGGUGAUGGGGUGCACCGUUCGCGUCUGCCCUUGAAUUUGUGUAAAAGUCACAGAUUUGUAAAGUAAUAGUUGACCUCAGACAAUGUAUAGACUUUUAUAAGGAAGCAGAUUUUAUGAUGUUGCUAAAUGUUUACUCUGUUUUUGAAAAUGCUGUUUCCUCCUACAGUUCUGAUGCGUUCAUUGUACAAUAAUUUUGGCAUUUCAGAAGUCAUGUUAGUCCACGCUGACGCUUACAUCUGCAUGCACGUGCCAUAUAUUUGAUGUAAACACUCCAGUGUCUUAUUUUCUUGAGGUUGUCUUUACUUACUGGAAAGGAGAAGCAAUUUUAGGACUUGAAAAGUAAAGACACAGUUACCGUUACUUUUCCAUAGCCUGAGUUUUAGUUGCCAGCAUUUUUGCACAGGUUACAUUUGAAAAAAGCUAAAGCGUUUUAAAGUUGUUUUAGUUUGGAAACACUUUUGAGGGUAUAAAGGAUUUUGGUUUUAACAACCUUACCUUUUUAGCGGCUCAUCGUCUCACUCUUCCUUGUUUUUGCUGCCUACAAUGCUGGUGUGUACUUUGAAAGGUUAAACUAAUCAAUCACAUGUAUUUUUUGGCUAUUACUGAAACUGAUAGAAGUUAAACCCAUAAAUCAGAUUUAUAGUUUUCUGUGGAGUGAUUUGAAAUAUGUAAGUUUGGGCUCAAAUGCCAGAACUGUUACAACACAAUGUUUUUGAUCUAAAUCAGAAUGUGACUUAAGGAGAUCCAUUGUUGUUACCUACGACAUGCUUUUUACGCCCUCUCACUCCCCCAAAAAGUCUUUUAAAUUUUUUUUAAAUUUUGAGCGCCAAUUUAAUUCUGUUUUGUAUUGACAACAAUGUGAAUUUCACUUGGUUUCAGCCUCAUGAAAUAUCACACAUUAGUCAAUUUACACACUACUGUUGUCCUCGUACGCAUUUUAGUGCUUCAGUUGUGUGCGUGUAAUAGAUCCAGUGUUCAAAAUACUCUAAAUAAUGACUUGCUACGGCCCAGCUCUACUUGAAUGCCUCAUGAAGGGAUUUUAUCUGUCCAUGUUUUAAUUCUAUAUUUGACAAACGAAUGUAUUUGUAUGACGCUUUGAAUUGGUUGUUUUGUCCGGUGUCAGAAGAUCGGUUGUUGAAUUCAUAUGCAGUGAACGUGUUACCAACUGUUUCUCGUAAUUCGUAAUGAAAUGUUCCCAUCGAUAACAAAGUCGUAGAGUUUGUCAAAGUUUAAUGUAGCACUUAAAACAAUUAUGGUUUUUUGAAGCUAAAACGUAAAGUUAUCUUUUCAUUGUCAUAUUUAGUUUUAUUAGAAUUCAUGAUCAUUUUAAGAACUGUAGAACAAAGCAAGCCUUACCUACGCCACAGUCUUGUGGCACUUUUUUUCUGUUGCAAACAAAUCUUGUGUACCAGCAGAGUAUUACAUAAACAUAACAUUGAAAAUGUAUUUUUAAAGCAAUGGAAAGAUGAGUUUGCUCACAUGGCUGCCUCAAUUAAAUGAGCUGGUGUAUUGGGUAGUGAGGACUACAAACAUGGCUGAAUACUGUGGUUUCCAACUGUUUGUAGCAACGCCGGUAUUAAUGUUUCUGUUUCAAUUAUCCAACUAUAUCAAGUAGCGUGUAGUCAAAGGGGGAGACUGGAAUCUGUCCGACAUGUCCGUGACGUUACAAAGCAUUGCCACUAUUGUUUAUUUCCAACUAUUACCUCAUUAAAAGUAUUUGACUUUUUUUUUUUUCAAUUCUGAAGCUCCACUUGACAUCAGCUGGUCUAGUUCCACCGGAUGUCUUUUUAUGAGGCAUUUUGGAUAGGCUCAUGUUUGGAACCAAAAUGGAGUCUAAUGCUUUUAUUAUAUGUUACGUCUCAGUCACGACUAACACUGUAGGCAACUAUUUCACAGAGAAAUGUUAGCGCUCCCAUUUCAAAAGUUUCGUCUCUGCUACAACCCAUCCUCACCCCCGUUGGUAAAGUGGAGUUUCGCGUAUUGGACUGAUGAAAAAGGCAGCCUUCAGAAUGAAUUGUUGCACAUUGAAACACACAGGUGUUUCAAUUGAAAGAACAGUUUCCGUUGCAUUCCAGGUGGGGCAGUGUGCAUCUUGUGCUGCAUGGAGGGAGAGAAAAAAAAAUAGUUUUACUUCUAUAUAACUCCAGGGGCGAGGAGCAGCACAUGAUGCUCUGAUGGGGAAGGCUGCCUUUUUUGUCAGUAUAUGACGCAAAAGGCAACUCUCCCAACGUCAAUAUAUCACGCUGUGGGAGUGAGGAUGUGUUCUUCUGCUACCUACUGUGUAUAAUGACACUCACUGGUUGAUCAUGUUGUAUAUACUGUAUAUUCUGGGGGUAUCGCACACACAGAUUAAUUGUAAAUCUCAGACUCUUCCUGUAUAUAUAUGGGGCGUCUACACACAUCUUCAUUGUGUUCGUAGUUCUUGUGUUGUAUUCCUUUUAUUUUAUUUUUUUUAAUGAAGCAACUGUGUCUGUUUUUUUAAAAAUAAAAAUUAUUAAUAUGCCUACUCUACAACUUGUUUUCCUUUUUAACAGAUAGGGCA